AAAACAGGCCUUGACAUACCAACGGGAGACAAUUCGCGCAGCGGAGGCCUGUGAUACGCCGCGCAUUCCGUGAAGAAACCGGACCGGCCAGUAGGGUCGCGGCAAUUAGCCAUGACGGGAUGGGGACCCGAGUGCUGCUCCACGCCGGCGGAGCCCUUCUGGAGAGGCGUGCUGAGCUCUUCAGCAAUAUAUAAGGGCCUCGUUCAAUGGCAUGUCUCCCCAGUCCUCGAGACAAAUCAACUACAUCACUACACCACCACAUCCUCCUCUCGCCUCUACUCACACAAUGUCUGACACCGUGAAGUGCGCUAACGUCGAGGCCAACGGCGGCACUUGCUCCUGGCCGACAUGCGGCUGCGCUGAGCCUCCCAAGAGCAAGUGAUUGUCAGGAAGCCUAGUACCCCUGCUGAGGUAUGUAUAGACGGGCUGAGGCUCUGGAUGAAUAGCUAAUGCACACCCUAGCCUUUGACAGGCAAGCAGCGACGAGAGUGAUUUGCGGGUGUAUUCAGCUUUGCUUGUCCUUGUAACGAUAUGUCUGGCGUCUGUGGAUAAC